AUGGGACUUCGAGCUUCACCUGAUGGCACCUUGCGUGGCAGAAGGAAAUCAUCAUCGAGAGGACAUCAUAGAUUUGUGGGGGUUCGGCAAAGACCCUCGGGGAGAUGGGUGGCUGAGAUCAAGGACUCAUUGCGCAAAGUCAGGCUUUGGCUGGGAACAUUUGACACUGCUGAGGACGCUGCACGAUCAUAUGAUGAUGCUGCUCGUGGUUUACGUGGUGCCAAUGCUCGUACCAACUUUGAAUUGCCACAGUUGGGCUCUAAUGGUGUUGGGGCAGAUACUAUUGAGCCUUUUUCAUUCGACCAAGUGUGCGCGACAGGGGCGGAAUCAGAUGGCCUUCUUGGUGCCCUUAAGGCCAAGAAGGGACUUCGAGCUUCACCUGAUGGCACCUUGCGUGGCAGAAGGAAAUCAUCAUCGAGAGGACAUCAUAGAUUUGUGGGGGUUCGGCAAAGACCCUCGGGGAGAUGGGUGGCUGAGAUCAAGGACUCAUUGCGCAAAGUCAGGCUUUGGCUGGGAACAUUUGACACUGCUGAGGACGCUGCACGAUCAUAUGAUGAUGCUGCUCGUGGUUUACGUGGUGCCAAUGCUCGUACCAACUUUGAAUUGCCACAGUUGGGCUCUAAUGGUGUUGGGGCAGAUACUAUUGAGCCUUUUUCAUUCGACCAAGUGUGCGCGACAGGGGCGGAAUCAGAUGGCCUUCUUGGUGCCCUUAAGGCCAAGUUGCAGGAUGGCAAGGUACCUCAGGUGCUCGCUACUGCUAAUUUUUUGGGUGCACAAUCCUGCGUUGAGGCUAACUCACCUCAUAAUAACACUAGUGCAAAGAGAGAUCAGGUAUUAUCAGCUACUGCUGUGGUCUCUCAUGGGAUUGGAAAUUUGGACCCUAUGCAAGCGGGUUCCAAUAAGGCUGAUUCUCUCCUAUAUGAUGAGGGAGUAGCAGGACAUGUUGGGGUUCAGUGGCAUCAAACAGCUUCGCCAAGAAGCAUGGCAUGGUCUAAUAUUGAACCAGCAUAUGAAGUGCCUUUGCCUACACAGAUGAACCCUGUGAAUAAUGAGCAUGGAUUGUUUACUAGUGCAACUACUACAAAUGUUACAUCUGCAUGGACUGACUCAACAGUCAAUUUGGCAUAUGCAGAUCAAGGCGCUAUGGAGCUGCCAAUAACAAAUAAGAUCACCGAAGGUGUAUGGUUAAACGAUCAGCAACAGGUUUUGCAUUAUGAGAACAACAAUUGGGGUGGUGCAAUUCCCCCUUGGGACCAAACUCUCUUUUAUGCAUCUUCUAUUCUAAGGUGA